GCUGACUUCACACAGACAGUACUGAGCUUUUCACGGAACCGCUCGGUGUCCGUUUGGACCGCUCUCUUUCUGCCCUCGCCAUGGCAUCGCCUCACACUGUCGCGUCUCUACAAAACCGCUUUUUAAGACGCCUAAGGGACGGAAGUGAGGAAUAAGAGGGAAGUCGCAGUGGGAGAUAAUUAAACCCACAAUAUAUUUGUAAAAAAGCGACUUUCUUUGGUCAAGUUCAAGUUGAAUCGUCAUUGUUGUUGAUUUCCCUGGAGGAAAGUUGGUAUUAAAAGUGUGGGAUCAUGGACGCGCAUGUUAAAGAGGGACAGCUCUACGUGCAGCACCAAAAGUUUGGGAAGAAAUGGAAGAAAAACUGGUUCGUCCUCUACCCGGCCAGCCAAAACGGCAUCGCUCGCCUCGAGUUCUUCGACUGCCCCUCAGGUGGAGGAGGGUCCGGCGGGAGCUCGGUAAGCGGCUCCAACGAGAAAACCAGGAAGCUGGACAAGAAGAUCAUCCGUCUGUCGGAGUGCAUCUCCAUUCUGCCUGCCCUGACCGAGAGCUGCCCCAAAGACAACAUGGCGGCUUUCUGCGUGGAAACAAAUGACAAGACGCAUGUGUUCGCAGCAGAGAAGAACACUGCGAAGGACUGGAUGGACACCAUGUGUGACAUUGCUUUUCAGGGGGGGACCGGCAGCAGCCUGACGGACUGUAAUGGAAGACCUCAGGACCUGCAGAUGGCUGAGAACCUCAUCUAUUAUUCCAGGGAGGAGGUGAAUGAGUUCUGGGUGACAGUUCAGCGCACCGAGGCGUCUGAACGUUGCAGGCUCGCAGGAAGCUACUGGCUGAAAGCAGAAAACGAAGCGCUGAUUUUAAAGGAGCCCAAGACAAAAAGGAACGUCCUGGUGUGGCCCUACAAGCUCCUGAGAAGAUACGGCAGGGACCGGGUGAUGUUUUCUUUUGAAGCAGGACGCCGCUGCGACUCCGGCCCUGGCAACUUUACCUUUGAGACAAAACAAGGCAAUGAGAUCUUCACACUGGUUGACUUGGCCAUCCAGUCUCAGAAGGCCCAGGCCGGGGAACGCCACCUCAGCGGACCCCAAAGCUUAGACUCCGACUGCCCUUUGUCCCUCCAGUACAUUCGGAGCGGCAUGGCGCCGGGAAGCGGGGACAACAGUAGCUGCAGCAGUCGGGAAGCGGACGGCGAUUCCGGCGGCAGCAAGCCGGGCUCGGCUGAUGGAGUGCUUGGGAAAAGGGAGGGCGGAGACGGAGUCGGAAGAGGGCAAGGAGGACACAAAGGGAGGAGCUUACCAGAACCCCCAGCUCCUAGAGGACUGGCAGGGAAAGCUGUAGCCCCCCUGGAUGAACAGACAAGUCUUUACUCUGAGCCAGCAGACUCAGUGCGACUGAUUGUUCCCAGUUGUGACGGCCUUUACUCAGACCCAGUGGACACCAUCAAGGGUCAGAACCAAACCUCGCCUCCGGUGCCAACGCCACGCCUUCGGCCUGUGGGUGACGACUCCUGCGGAGGGGAUCAUCACCACACGGGGAGCAACCAAAAGAAAGUUCCUGACCUGUAUUCGCAUUUGUAUGACCAGAUCGGUGUGGACCUGAGCCAGAAGACGGGCGCACUGAGUCUGAACGGGUCGGCUGGAGGAGGAAGAGGCGCCGGGAAGGUGGCGACUAGCAGCAAAAGACCCCCAGGAGGUCAUGGGGACGGGGCUUCACCCCCUCCUGUGCACUCUGUGGACCACAUAUAUGACGAGCCAGAAGGCUGCGCCAAAGGAAGCAGCAGCCUUCCCGUAAGCCUCGGGAUAACCGUUUAUGACGAGGCCCGGUUGGAGCCUCAGAGGCGACAGGAAGAGGUCGGGCCUCCGUCAGGACUGGACGCCACUUACAGCAUCGCCUCCCAGGGGAAGCCGACGGAGCUGCAGAAACACUCUCCAAAGCUGCCGGGCCUACAUCGCGGAACGCCGCAGCCUCCGACACCAAAGUUUCCCAAACCCGCCACCGCUCCAAAGCCCAACAAGAGCGCUUUCGCUCGGAAGGAGCCGGUGCCUCUUCCCGCUGGGAAACAUGGCGUUUCCGGUAGCAACGUAAACAACAACAACAACAUGUGGAGCUCCGGAGGAAGCGGGAAGGAGCUGUACAGCAGCGUGUCAAAACAGAAGCCUCCUCCAUCCGUUGUGUGGUGUAAUAAGAACCACCAGGCCCCGCUCAGGGCACCUGAUAUAAUUUAUGACAACUUGGGAGACAUUUGACCGCUCCUGUAAAACAAACCUUUACUCUCUCGCUGAAAAACGGAGAGAAGCUUCGGAGUGGAACGCUGGGCCUCGGGAUUUUCUCGUUUCACAUUUGUUCCAUCCGUGCGGACUGCAACAAUUAUCUGAGACGGUCAGCUGCUUCGGAGGAGAUCGGCACACAACGAUGAGAAAACCACAUUACGGGCGCAAUUUGAAAUGUGGCUGCAGUGAUCGCUGGGCCACCCUGUGUGCGUGUCAUAGAGAGGGAGAGUGUUUGCACGGGCAAAGCCAUAAUUGGCAUACCAAGCCACAGUGCGGCCGGAGACAGCCACUUCACUGGAACACACACACACACACACACACACACACACACACACACACACACACACACACACACACACACACACACACACCACACAAAUGGAUUUGUCUUCACUUUAACAAGCUGAGAGAAGGAAAGCGGCCUGGUUCCUCUUUUCCUACAAACUCCUGCUGUGCUUAUGAAAAAGACAGACCUAUUUUUGCACUGCAUCUCUUCUGUGUUUAAUGUGAAACAGAAUUUGAUGGUCAGGAGUCGAUCUUUGACUUCAACAAAAGAAAAGCUCUUUAUUAUUCUUUCUCCCCCAAUGAAACGGGGGAGUAAAAACAGGACGGCUUCGGGUUUUCAAAACACCAAAUGGGUCAGGAUCUCUCUGCAUGUUUUGUUGCUUGGAUUUGAAUCCGAACCCAGCAAUGAAAAAUAAAAUAAAAAAAAAACAAUUUGGGUCAUGAUAUAAAAUAUUACAUAGAAUUGCAAGCAUUUUGAACCAUAUUUAAAAUAAUAAAAACUUAAAAUCAUUGAGAAGAGUCGACCGCUGCCUCGCUUUCUUAUGAAAUUUUGACAUCACUGCCCAUAUAUGGUAUUUCUGAGUGUUUUCAACAUCAAUCUCACAUGCAGUACAUUUAUUUAUUCUUCCUUUUGACUGUCCUUUGUCUAAAUGUAGAAGAAUGUGUUUAUUUUAUACACUCUUGUUUAUCUGCAUUUGUUUCAUUUUGGAAAAUCAUCAGGGAAAUUUCUGAAUUUUAAAUGUGUGUUUUCAUAUUACUAGUAGUGAAAAACAAAAAUAAACAGCAAAAAAAUGAAUCCCCUCCACAUCGAGAAGUAUAAUUUACCUUACAUUAAUGUUGCACGUGUAAAGACAUUUAAAGACAUUUAAGAUUUAAGGACCACCAGUUAGAAUCUAUGAAUAUUUAGAUUCCCUCUAAAAAUACUUAAUUUAGUUCGAACACCAAAUAUGCCUUAUUAUGCUUCAAGUGGAAACCAUCUUAUUACUACCGCAGAAGCUAACAUCUACUGUCUUCCUUAUUUCCGCUCUUUGAGCAACAACCAAUCGGCGUGAAGAAAAGUGAAUGAAGCCUUUUUAUUGGCUGCUUUUGAACGCCAGCCAAUAGCCUGUCAAGUAGCAUUGAGUCUGAGUAUUUCAGCUUCACAGUUGCAUUUUUUUUUUCAUAUAUUAAGAAAAUAAAUCUACAAAUGGACGGGUUUCUGAGUCAAAAAUGUAGGAAAAAUGUGACGUUUUUAAUAUAUUAUCAAUAUUAAACAAUUCUUAAAAUUACGGGUAAAAAGAAACAAUAAAUUGGCCUGUUUUUAAAAAAAUUUUCUGACACGUGUGCAUCACUCAGUGACAUCACUCGCCAAAUAGAGAAGAGGUUUGUUUUUAUUUAUUUGUUUUCCCAACAAGUUCAUGAAGCAGUAAGAAUGCUGAAAAAGUGUUUAAAAAUACUUUUUAUUGUUGUCCAGAUUUUAUAUUUUUGUGUCCAUAUAAAUGUUUAUUAGAUGAAAUAAAAUAAAAUAUGCAGAACAGAAAAUGCACUGUCUUGAAAUAUAUGUAUAUCAAUUUUUACUAUUUUAAAACAUGAGAAAAACAUUAUAUAUUUUUAUACAGUAAAAAUCUAAACAAUAAAAUGUUUGCUUGCUUUUAGACCUCAAAUGUUAAUCUAAUAUUUUUUUUUAUUUAGUAAAAAUAUAAAAUAUCCACUUGUUUUUUUUUUAAUGGUGAGAUAAUCCAAUUACCAAAACAUGCAUGGACCCAAGAGCAACUUUCUGCACAAGAAUCCUGAACGUGUGUCGACAGAUUAACUGAAUAUGAAACUGAUCAAUCCCCAGUAAUGUGCCGGUCUGUGCUUUUACUUGUCACAAACAGCUGUGCUGUCUGGAAAUGUAUCUGAUAAUUAAAGUGUCUCAAAGUUUGUUUUUUUUCACUAAACCGAGUCAUUAAACUGGUCAUAAUUUCUUC